CGUCACGUUCUUUAGUUCAGCUCCCGCAGUCUAGCUAGUUAGCCAGCAGAGACAACAGCCAGACUCGUCCGAAAAACUGCAAAAAAAUGUUUCUGCUCCUACUUUUGGGGUUGUCGCUCGUUAUCGCAGCGCGAACAUGCGAGGCGGCGGCGCUUGGAGUGUCUGGGCCCGAGAGAGAAGCCGGGGUGGCGCCGGAGGACCUGGCCGUGAUACAGGAACUGGAAGAACUGAACGAGAAGAUACGUAUGGCUGCGAAAUCCUCCAACAAACACCAGUCACAAGCGAGGGUCGUGCCGCCUGAGAGUGUGCAGGAAAAAGAACAAUUUGACAGGGAGGAUUAUGAAGUAUUCAACAACGCUACUGAAACCCCCCCAGUGGAAACAACUGCCUCAUCGUCAUCCGUGAAAGUGGAUGAGUCAGCAACAGCUGAUAACGAGUUGACGUCACCAUCACUGACGUCACCGCCACCUGGGACUACAUCAGCAGACUCUACCUUGUUGCAGGCCAUUUCGACUGUACUGUCAACCGUCAUGUCAAAUACGACGUCUGUUCCGGCGUCGUCAAGUAUCGCUGAGCCAUCGACGUCCAAUUCAACAUUUGUACCACCGGUGUCAAAUACGUCUACAGUGCCCACACAGCCCGAGCUUGGGAAUGAAAUCGGCAACGCCCCGCCAUCCACAGGACAAGACAAUCAAAACAACAUCAUAAAUCCUGUUCUACCUGAAGAACACAAUCGACCCAGCUUACCAAUCGGGCAGUUUAAGGCAUAUUUUAGCAAUGUCGUUGCCCCAGAAGUUGAGGACCACCUACACUCGUUCCAGCCGCAGCAGGACCCCCCUCAUCUCCAGUCGACAUACGUACCUGAGCAGCCAUCAGGAGGGGACUUCCUGUGUCCUGACCGGUACUACAGGCUCGGCCGAACUUGUUUCCGACCUUCAGAACAGCGACUGAGCUUUUUCGGAGCGACCCAGGACUGUCGGGCUGAGAACGGUGAUCUCGCUGUCAUAAAGGACCCUCCGACCCACCGCUUCUUGAUCGAGCUGAUCCAGACAUACAACCCAAGCGCCGAGGAGCACUGGAUCGGGCUGUCCGACUUGCUGAGGGAGAGGACCUUCGUGUGGUCGGACGGGAUCCCGUUGGAAGGUACCACUUUUUGGGCCCACGGGCAGCCCAACAACCUUGGUGGCGACCAACACUGUGUGUACAUGUGCUCAUUGUACGACUACGAGUGGGUGGACAGGAACUGUUCCGAUCAAUUGUACUAUAUCUGCGAACAGCCUGCCAUCAACUCCUUGGAUCAGAUUCUAUACUCACACUUGUACAACAUCGGUAUCGGCGCAGUUGGGGAAUCCCCAGAUGUGGUACAACCCACCCCUGCAGACUGAGAGUAAAACGAACCCUCCCUCCAUGACGUGGACAGUCUGCUCGAACCGCCGGACCUACGAACUCAAAGGAGCGAUCGUCAGAAUGGGUGCUAAAAGAUUCUGUUUGAGAACCACAAAUCGCGGCAAUACUAUCGUAACCUGCACCUUUCUGGUUACAAACGUUACCAAUCUAAAAUAUAUUUUGUCAUCGUCUCUAAACUGGAGUUCUCUAUUUUGUCGUUACGAUGGCUGAAAUAAUAAAAUAUAUAUUGCGUGCAUCAAUC